CGAGAACUCUGUGAAAAAUUUGUCGUCGUUAAACUCAAUUGAUGGAAAAUUAUGUGGCACGAGGCUCGAAAACAGGAACGCCGGAUACGCGGCCUUAUCGUGGACUAUCGCAAGCGUGCUGAGCGCAGACAAUACUUUUAUGAUAAGAUUCAAGCGGAUCCCACACAGUUUCUGCAAUUGCACGGCAGACGGAGCAAAAUUUAUUUGGACCCAGCUGUAGCGGCCGCCGGUGAUGGCGACGCAAUCAUUGUUCCUUGGCAGGGACACCAGGACAACCUUAUCGAUCGCUUCGAUGUGCGCGCACAUUUGGACUACAUUGCGCCCGUGGCAAAAAAUACUAAUGAGGCGGAAGGGGAAUCGGAUCUAACGGUCGAAGAGCGGCAGUUGAACUACGAGCGUUAUCGUAUAUUGGCGCAAAAUGAUUUUCUUAAUGUGAGUGAGGACAAGUUUCUGCAUCAGCUGUAUCUGGAGGAGCAGUUCGGAGCCAAUGCUCAGCUAGAGGCGGAGCGCAAUUUAGGAAAGAAGAAGCAAAAGAAUAGCGGCGGUGGAGCUACCAUAGGAUAUUCCUACGAUGAUGGAGAAGCGCCCUCUGUGGCAAUCGGUCCGCAGCCCUUUGGAACUGCGCCAGCAACAAGCAGCGCAGCGGCCGCGGCCGGUGAUAAAGCCGAAAACUCAGAUGAAUCAGAUUCAGAUAUGGAUAUGGAUGUGUCCAUAGACAUUGGCAAAUUGGACACUGCUCAGGCACACGAACUUAAUGCCUGUGGUCGAAAUUAUGGCAUGAAAAGUAACGACUUCUUCUCGCAUCUCACAAAGGAUGCGGACGAAGCGGAUGCGCUACGUAUUGCACGCGAAGAGGAGCAGGAAAAGAUGCUACUAAGCGGACGCAAAUCGCGUCGGGAACGUCGUGCACAAAAAGAGCGGCGUAUUGCAAAUCGACCGUUCAGUCCGCCUAGCUAUGCGGCCAAGGAGGAUCAGGGAAAAAACAAGGACAAGGACGAGGACUCUGAAUCUCGCUCGCCCUCACCAGCUGAGGGUGGCGGCGAAAAGAUUACCUAUAUUACCUCAUUUGGUGGUGAGGAUGAGAUGCAGCCGCACUCAAAGAUCACUAUCAAUUUGACAAAGCCUGGUCAGACUCUUGGCGAGUCCUGUAUUAACGCCAGCAGCGGUGCAGCGAUUGCUGCCUCAGUUUCCUAUGCACAAAAAGUUAAGGACAAUUUGGAUCAACUUAAGCUCAUGAACGAGACGGCAAAUCGCAUCGGACGACAUCGCUCACGCAGCACAUCCCGCAGUCCAAGUCGGCGGCGCAGUCGACGUCGUAGCUAUCAUCGCCGUAGCCGCACACGCAGCCGGAGGCGUCGCAGGCAUUACUCGAGAUCGCGUUCCCAAUCUCGCUCUCGAUCUCGUUCGCGGUCAAGUUCUUGGCAGCGCUACACUUCUCGUAGUCCCAGCUAUAAGCGGUCGCGCAAACGAUACCCGUACUCCUCCCGCAGCUCAAGCGUUAGCUCCUAUACAAUGUCAAGAAGGCGACGCUCUCGAUCCCACUCCCGUUCCAGUCGGCGGAGUCGCACGCAUUCAAAUGUUAAAAAGUUAACAACGCCGCCAGCAACACAGAAAACCAUUUGCCUUAGCACAACAACAACCACAACGGCUUCGAGCACAUUAUUGAUGACAGCGGCGAACUUGCCACUCAAGCAGGUGCAGCAGCAACAGCAAUUGCAGCCGAAGCCAACAGAUCAAACAGUUUUAGCAGUGCCGAUGAUCAGUUAUCCGCUGUCUUCGCGUGUCCUCAGCAUGACCACAACGGUACCAGCUAUGGGCAGCUCGAUCCCUGUGUUGCCCCAAGUGACGGAGCCGCCGCCGCCCCCAUUAAAGCGCUACUAUGGUCGAAAGCGAGGAAACGACACGUCCUCAUCGUCAGCGGAGAGUAGUGAUCCAAGCGAUGUCGAGGAAGACGAGGGCAAACAGCCAGGCAAAUCUCUGCUCGGCAGAGACCGCGAAGACUCCGAAGAAUUGGAUGUGGAUACUGCCUCGGAGCGCUCGCAGCCAUUGAUGUCGUCAUCCAGCACGGGUAAUCAAACAGGCAAAUAUAGUUCUGCUACCGAAACCAAAGGAUCUGGGCAGGCGAGUGGCAGUGGACGGCCCAAUCUUCGAGAGCGGCUUAAGCGCAAGAUGCAAAACCUGCUAAACAGGCAAUAUAAGGCCGAUAAGCGUGCAGAGAUUGAAAAAACGGAGAGAGAGCGUCAAUUGCAACAGGAACGCGAGGAUGAGAUGCGCGAGCUCGCGCUCAAGCUCCGCCGUAGGCGGCGUGAGUUGCGACACAAAUAUGGAACGCCGUCCAGCGGCAAACUCUCCGACAGCGAUGUUGAAUCGGUAGACUCGGAAGCUCCAACCCGAAUGGCCAAAUCAUCUGCCCGUCGCAGUAGAUCCCGUAGUCAUAGUCGAAGCAGAAGGCACCGAUCGCGUUCCCACAGUCGUCGUAGCAGCAGUCGCAUGCAACGCAAACGAAGAUCACGAAGUCCAAGCCGUAACAGGAGGCAACGAUCCCGUUCUCGAAGUAGAAGGAGCAGCAGCCGCACAGAACGAAAGCGGAGGUCUCACAGUCGACGACGAAGCGGCAGUCGGGAGCGGAGAUGCUCCCGAAGUCGGCGUAGUCAGUCCCAAUCGCGGCGACGUCGUCAACGGGAGCGAAGCAUGGAGAGAAAUCGUGAGCGAGAGCGGUACAGACAACAGCAGUACGAGCGCGCGCACGGUGGUCGAGAGGAGGCACAUGACCAUAGCAGCAACUCGGGUGGCGGAAAUCGGGGACGAGUGGUAAUUUCCGCGCCACCCAAGCUUAAGAAGCUGGUUGACUAUUAACACAACCAACGUAUACUAAGCAAUAGAAAACAGCGAUAUAUUCACAUUGAUUGGUUAUGCCCGUUCAUCGUUAAUUUAUGGGCACAGGCAAAUUGUUUAUGCUUUUGCUUGAUAAGACAAUUCAAUUAAACAUAUUUCUAGGAGAAAUGUUAGUUUGAAAUAUCAAAAUAUGUAUAUCUAAGAAAAUCAUCGUUCAAGAAUAUUACAUUUGUUACGGCACAAUAACUGGCAUUUGGAGUAUGCGUAUUGCUGAAUAUGACCACAAUUUUAUUGAAUAUAUUUAAUGAAAACAUUGUGCCAGUUAAUUUGUCCAAAUUCAAUAACAUGCACAAAAGAAUUAAAGCGCGAAAUGCAUAUUGGAUACUUAAUUCUAACAAAA